AUGGUGUCACCCCCUGGCCUCUUAGGGCUCAACGUGCCCGCACCCAACGUCAGCUAUUUCACUCCCAAGCAUCGUCAGUCCCCAGGGGCCCCUGUUAACAUCGAUGCCUCAACUCCUACACUCUUCACCCCGCUCAAAAUCCGUGAUGUCACCCUCCGCAACCGCAUCACGGUGGCUCCUAUGUGUCAAUUCUCAACAGCGCCAGAGGGCCCCUCCAUUGGCGCAUUAACAGAUUACCACAUCGCAACUCUUGGGCACUUUGCGCUUAAGGGAGCCGCCCUGGUAUUUGUUGAAGCAACUGGGGUCCAGCCAAACGGCCGAAUCUCACCGUAUUGCCCUGGUCUCUGGGAUGAUGCGCAAAUCCCGGCUCUGAAGCGAGUCUUUGACUUUGUGAAAUCUCAGGGCGCCCUGGCUGGUAUUCAGCUAGCGCAUGCGGGGAGGAAAUCAAGUACCGCAGCGCCGUGGGUGGCUGGAAGCACGGAGCUUAGGAAGGCAAGCCUGCGCGCCGGGGAGGACCAGUAUGGCUGGCCUGAUGAUGUUGUUGGGCCGUCUGGGGGGAUUGAGCAAACAUGGGAUGGCCUCGGUCUACGGGAGGAGGGCGGCUACUGGCCGCCACGGGCUCUUACUGGGGAUGAGAUCAAGGAGUUGGUAGGCGACUGGGCUAAGGCAGCAAAGAGGGCUGUGCAGGCGGGUGCAGAUGUAAUUGAGAUCCACGCGGCGCAUGGAUAUCUUAUCCACCAGUUCUUGAGUCCGGUGUCGAACCAUAGGACAGAUUCCUAUGGGGGUAGCUUUGAGAACCGGACGCGCCUAUUACUGGAGAUCAUCGAGUCGGUUAGGAAGGAAAUGCCGGCCGGAAUGCCAUUAUUUCUGCGGGUUAGCUCAACCGAAUGGCUGGAAUCCACGGAGAUUGGCACAAAGUACGGCACCUGGACGGUGGAGGAUACCAUCAGGUUGGCUAAACUUCUCCCGGAAGCUGGCGUAGACCUGCUGGACGUGAGCAGUGGUGGCAACCACCCGAUGCAAACAGUCAACUCGUUCCUAACCAAGGACUACCAAACGAAAAUCGCCGCUCGAAUUCGAAAGGAGUUAAAACAGUCCGGCGUGAAUCUCCUGAUUGGCGCCGUUGGCAUGAUCACGGAGGCAGAGCAGGCACGAGACCUUGUUGAAGCCGACAAGCUGCUAUCUCAAGAAGCGAAGGACGCUGCAGACGUGACGGAUGCAAAGCAGGGGAGCGAGCCCUCUGCUGAUGUCCUAUUAAUCGGCAGGCAGUUUUUAAGGGAGCCGGAGUGGGUUCUGCGAGUCGCGUGGAAGCUGGGAGUGGACGUCGCAUGGCCGAGUCAGUAUUUGAGAGCGCAAAUGGCAUGGGCGAGACGACUGUCCGGCAGUUCGCGGCAGCUGGGUAAGCCACCAGCCCAAGGGCUCAAAGCCCUCAUAUAG